ACGGGGUGGUGGUGCAGUUUACCCCAAGUAUGGGAUUUGGCUCUUUGUAAAAAUGGCAGGUCUGUCACUCGGUCUCAGAUCCAUUGUUGCCUUUUCAGGCCUUAUGGGUGUGUAUGCAGUUCCUUGGCUUUCACAUGGCAUUGCUGCUGGUUCCGGUUGUACUCCUUCCUCCUCCCGCCUGCAAUCUGCUCAGAGAUAUCCACGUCUCAGUGGCUGGUCUGUAUCUGUGCUUGCACAGCCUUUUCUCACCACAGGCCCAGGAUAUCCAAUAUCUCCUGUCCACUCCAAGCUAGAGUAUAUCUGGAGCAGGUAGCAAGCCUGGUCAGCUGGGCAGUUGCAUGCACCAACGAGGUGUGUUCGCCAAGCUAGAAAUCAGGAAAAGGCAUUUCUAAAAUGUGUGAGGUUGUAAAGCAGGGGUGGGCUUCUAGUGUCCGUGACUGCUUGGCAGUGGAGUUCACAAUUAUGACCAGAAUGGUUAGUCUUGGGCAUUGUGGGACAGCUGCUGGAGAACUGUUAGGGAUGACAUAGGUAACAUUGUGUUUAUAUUUGCUCAGCACAUUGACGUCUGCACAUUGACCGUGGCUCAAUGAUUCUGGGACAGGUGGUGUAAGUAUGUUGGCAUAAUGGAGCGCUGACGUAGGCUUUGUCUAAGUCUAGCUCCCCUGUGAGUUGUGUAUGGGAACCAACCAUGAAGCAGAAUUUUGCCUUUGACAACAUUGGCUAUGAGGGGAACGCAGAAAAUAUGCCCUCUCUGUCUCCUCAAACAAGCACCGUCACAGUCAAUAUUUUGGGUAUGACUUGCCAGUCUUGUGUGCAGUCAGUAGAGGACAGGAUUUCCAAGGUGAAGGGCAUUGUGAGUACUAAUGUCUCCCUUGAACAGAGCAAUGCUUUAGUAAAAUAUAUGCAGUCAGAAAUAAGUCCCGAAGAGAUUUGCCAGGAAAUUGGAGACAUGGGCUUUGAUGCCAGCAUAGCAGAAGGCAGAACUGCAGCAGCAUCUGUAAGACUGACAUCUUUGAGAGAAGCACUAAUAAAGUUGCGGGUAGAAGGUAUGACAUGCCAAUCUUGUGUCAGUACCAUUGAAGGAAAGAUUGGAAAACUACAUGGCGUGCUGAGAAUCAAAGUAUCCCUCAGUAACCAAGAAGCGGUCAUUGCAUACCAGCCUUAUAUCAUUCAACCUGAAGACCUCAAAAACCACAUAGAUAGCAUGGGCUAUGAAAGCACUAUUAAGAGCAAGCUAGCUCCAUUAAAGCUUGGUAUGACUAAUCUAGAACGUUUACAGACAAGCACAAAGAAAUCUCCUUCCAGCCUGAACAAUAGCAAUGUGGAGCUAGUGGUGGGCAAAAUGAAUAGUACAACGUCAAUGACACUGGGAAUAGAAGGAAUGCAUUGCAAGUCUUGUGUCAAAAACAUUGAAGGGAAUAUACCAGGUCUUCCAGGAGUACAAAGUAUUAAAGUGUCAUUGGAACAUAAAAAUGCUGUUGUGGAAUUUAACCCAAAGGUAAUUACCCCAGUAGCUUUGCAGCAAGCCAUUGAGGCCCUUCCACCUGGUAACUUUAAAGUGUCCCUCCCUGAUGUAAUGGAAACAAGUAAUGGAGAGCUUUUAUCAAAAGCAGCAUUUUCAUCAUCUCCGUUUGGUAGCACUCGCUCUGGGGAUCAACUGACAAGCACAACUAUAUUUAGUAUUGAUGGAAUGACCUGUAGGUCGUGUGUACAGUCCAUAGAAAGCACAAUGUCCCAAAGGAAAGGGGUACAACAUAUAUCUGUUUCGUUAGCUGAGAAGACUGGAACAGUAUGCUAUGAUUCAGCGGUGACUAAUUCAAAAGAGUUAAGAGAUGCCAUAGAAGACAUGGGAUUUGAUGCUUCCAUUCUCACAGAUACUCCCACUUGGAAAUACAUGGAUCAACCUCUUUUCAGGGAUGCUGCGAAUCAGCCUAAUGCUUGGGAGUCAGCUUCCCAGAAAACAGAAAAAGGUUCUGAACCAUCUCUUCAAGGCUUCAUGUCUGAUGCCCAGCCAAAGAAUUUUUACGUUGCUAGUCCAAAGCUGCCCAGUGCAGCGACAACAGAAAAGUGCUUUAUGCAGAUCACAGGCAUGACCUGUGCAUCAUGUGUGUCAAACAUUGAAAGAAAUCUGCAAAAAGAAGAUGGUAUCAUUUCGGUGCUAGUAGCACUGAUGGCAGGAAAAGCCGAGAUAAAAUACAAGCCUGAGAGCAUUCAGCCCCUUGAAAUAGCACAGCUGAUCCAGAACUUGGGCUUCAAUGCUACAGUCAUAGAAGAUCAUACUGGCACAGAUGGCACUAUGGAGCUUAUUAUUACGGGGAUGACUUGUGCUUCUUGUGUUCACAAUAUUGAAUCCAAACUAACCAGAACUAAUGGCAUCUUCUAUGCCUCAGUAGCACUUGCUACCAGCAAAGCUCACAUCCAGUUUGAUCCUGAAAUCAUUGGGCCUCGAGAUAUUAUACGAAUUAUUGAGGGAAUUGGUUUUCAAGCUGCUUUGGCUAAGAGAGAUCCCAGUGCUCAUAAUUUGGAUCACAAAAAGGAAAUAAAACAAUGGAGGAAAUCUUUCUUGUGCAGCCUUGUGUUUGGAAUCCCUGUCUUAAUCUUAAUGAUUUAUAUGCUAAUACCUGUUGGCCAACAGCAUGGCAUGAUGGUGCUAGAACAGAAUCUGAUUCCUGGAUUAUCUAUUUUAAAUCUUCUCUUCUUUGUCCUGUGCACUUUGGUUCAGUUCCUCGGUGGAUGGUACUUCUAUGUCCAAGCCUUCAAAUCACUAAAGCACAAAACAGCCAAUAUGGAUGUACUCAUUGUGCUGGCCACAACUAUUGCUUAUGUGUACUCUUGUGUGAUCUUGGUGGUAGCUAUAGCUGAAAAGGCAGAAGAAAGCCCAGUCACAUUCUUUGACACACCACCCAUGUUGUUUGUAUUCAUUGCUCUUGGGAGAUGGCUUGAACACAUAGCAAAGAGUAAAACAUCAGAAGCACUUGCUAAACUAAUCUCUCUCCAAGCUACUGAAGCGACCAUAGUGACUCUUGGACCUGAUCACUCUGUCAUCAGGGAGGAGCAGUUGGCUGUUGAACUGGUUCAGCGGGGUGACAUUGUAAAGGUAGUUCCUGGUGGGAAGUUCCCAGUUGAUGGAAAAGUCAUUGAAGGCAGCUCUAUGGCAGAUGAAUCACUCAUUACUGGGGAAGCCAUGCCAGUCACUAAAAAACCUGGGAGCACAGUGAUUGCAGGUUCUAUAAAUGCACAUGGCUCAGUUCUUGUUAAUGCAACUCAUGUUGGGUCUGACACCACCCUGGCACAAAUUGUGAAAUUGGUAGAAGCAGCUCAGAUGUCAAAGGCACCCAUCCAGCAAUUGGCAGAUAAAUUUAGUGGAUAUUUUGUUCCAUUUAUCAUCAUCAUUUCAACUAUGACAUUACUAGUGUGGAUCACAAUUGGUUUUGUAAGCUUUGAUGUCGUUGAGAAAUACUUUCCUCAUCAGAACAAACACCUCUCAAAAGCGGAAGUAAUACUGAGAUUUGCAUUUCAAACCUCAAUCACUGUGCUGUGCAUUGCAUGCCCCUGUUCCUUGGGCUUGGCUACUCCAACAGCUGUGAUGGUGGGCACAGGAGUUGCUGCCCAGAAUGGUAUUCUCAUCAAAGGUGGAAAACCUCUGGAAAUGGCCCACAAGAUAAAGACUGUGAUGUUUGAUAAAACUGGGACCAUCACCUAUGGCGUCCCUAAAGUCAUGAGGAUGCUCUUGCUAGGGGAUACAGUUAAGCUGUCGCUAAAGAAGAUACUUGCAAUUGUCGGCACUGCAGAAGCCAGCAGUGAGCAUCCCUUAGGAACGGCUGUCACUAAAUACUGUAAGGAGGAACUGGGCACAGAGAGCCUGGGAUACUGCACUGAUUUUCAGACAGUGCCAGGUUGUGGGAUCAGCUGUAAAGUCCGCAGUGUUGAAGCUGUACUGGGCCAGAGCGAGCAGAGCCUCAAUGAGCAGAAUGCUUUCCCAAGUAAUGUCAACCCUGCUUCGCUGGGACACAAUUCAUCAAUCACGCUCUCUGAAUCCAAUGGUGCGGCAGCUCCUCUGACAUACUCAGUGUUGAUUGGAAAUCGUGAAUGGAUGAGACGGAAUGGCUUACUUAUAUCCAGUGAUGUUAAUGAUGCAAUGACAGGUCAUGAAAUGAAAGGACAGACAGCCAUAUUGGUGGCUAUAGAGGGUUCAUUGUGCGGCAUGAUUGCUAUAGCAGAUACUGUCAAACAGGAGGCGGCACUCGCUGUGCACACCCUGCAGAAUAUGGGAAUAGAUGUGGUGCUAAUAACAGGAGACAACAGAAAAACUGCCAAAGCAAUUGCUACUCAGGUUGGCAUCAAAAAGGUCUUUGCUGAGGUUCUGCCCUCUCACAAAGUGGCAAAGGUUCAGGAACUCCAGAAUGAAGGGAAGAAGGUUGCCAUGGUUGGAGAUGGAGUAAACGAUUCCCCAGCACUGGCAGGAGCGGACAUUGGCAUUGCUAUUGGAACAGGCACAGAUGUUGCCAUUGAAGCUGCAGAUGUGGUUCUGAUUCGAAAUGACUUACUGGAUGUGGUUGCUAGUAUUCAUCUAUCAAAGAGGACAGUACGAAGAAUACGAAUAAAUCUGGUCCUUGCCUUAAUUUACAAUCUGCUUGGGAUACCUAUAGCGGCAGGUGUGUUCAUGCCUAUUGGAAUUGUGCUGCAGCCAUGGAUGGGAUCAGCUGCAAUGGCAGCUUCAUCAGUAUCUGUGGUACUAUCUUCCCUGCAACUGAAAUGCUACAAGAAGCCAGGAGCAGAAAGGUAUGAAGCCCAAGCUCAAGGCCGCAUGAAGCCACUGACUCCUUCCCAAAUCAGUGUUCAUAUUGGGAUGGAUGAUAGGAGACGGGAGUCACCCAGGCCAACUGCUUGGGAUCAGAUUAGUCAAGUGUCUCUUUCAUCUCUGACUUCAGACAAGCUACCCAGAGGUGGCAAUUUUAUAGAGGAAGAAGCUGGCAAGUGGUCACUGCUCAUUAAUGACAAAGAUGAAGAACAGUACAUUUAAAUGCUGCAUCCCAUAGCUGAACAUGAAGUCAAUAUGAUUCUUCGCCACUGACAGUGAACAGCAAGAAACCCCAUUUAAAUAUAAAUGGAGCCCUUAUGUCCCUGUUUGCAAAACAACAGCAACUCAGAAAUUCAGCAUUGGAUUGUGAUGAUCCACAAUGUGAAGUUGGAAUCCACAAAUCCUAGCAUGACCCCUACGUCAUAGAUCAAGCUGGGAAUCAAAAUUGCAGCCUGUCCAAAAUUGAUUCCCUUGUACUUCUUUUUGGAACGUCUGUGAAAAUAUUUUUAAACUAAAUCUGACAUUCAUUUUCUAGGUCAAAGUGAAAACCAACAUGCUUGACAACAAAAUAGCUCUGUAUUUGGGGCUCGUAUUUUUACAUAGAACCUAAUCUCGUCAUCUCAUCAUGGGAAAAUUUUAUAUUUAGGGUUCAGGCAACGUGUGUAUUGAAUUGGAACAAAAAUGUAUUAAUGGUGUAUUUUGCUAUGUAUAAAACUUAUAAAAUUCUGUUUCAAAUAUUAUCAUUUUUCCUGUGGCAUCACUAAUUUUAUUUUGUGAAGUGUGUCUCCAUUUGCCAAACUUAUUUGCUGCUUCCAAUUACUUGGUUUAGGUUUUCCAGUUUUCUUCUGCAUGUUCUCCAGAACUCUCUCUUCCCAGUAGAGUUCCAUCUUUAGACACCUGUUAUGUCUUCAGAUCUUCCCAUAUGGGAUGAGAUCCUACAAGGCACUGGGGACCCUGCAAUUCUUGUUGAAAUCCACAAAGUCUGACCUCCUCAUUUUGUUGAAUCUUUUGACACUCCCAAUAACUGUCGUGUUCAGCUGUUGCUUUGAUUUGCAGAAUGGCAUAAAUGUGCCACUGUAAGCUGAGUGGCACAUUCGUGCUAAUGCAUUGAGGAGAUACUUUCCAACCUGGAGUGCUCAUUCUUGGUCUUGAUGGGAGCGAGAAUGUUAGAGGUGACAUGCUCAGUCUUUGUGCUGGUGGAUCGGUUAACAGCGCUCUUCAAGGGCUCCAGGGAAGCUGUGGGGACACAUCAAAAGCUGAGAUUCAACAGAGAGGUGGGGUUUUGGAGGAUUUUCUCUGCAGAUGGCAGGUGAAGUAGUAGAUUAAAGCCCUCUUUAAACCCAAUCAAAAUCCUUCUUGAUAUCUUGUGUUAGAGCUGAGUGAUUAAAGGAAAGUCCAUAACUGAAUACUCACCCUAUCCCUGCUACAAAUUACUACGUCAUUACAGAUCACAUCAGGCUAAAAGUGACUCUUACUUCGUCUCUGAGUUUUAUCUUGGACCAUAAACACUACAGGGUUAAAAAUUGCCACUAGGAGGAGAUAAUCAUACUGGUGUAAAGGAGAAUGCAAGUAUUCAUGGAGUUCCAGGAUGGUUGGAGCAGCUGAGGGAAAGGGGUUGAGGUUACUGUACUGUUUUUAAUAGCACCAGAUAACACAACUUGGUGGUUAUUUAAAAUAAAAGUGAAAACUGAUUUAAAAUGGAAAUGAUAGCGCAUGGCCACCAGGCUCUCAUUUAUUCUGGUAUGAACCCUCUUCACAGUACCAGCAAUUUGUUAUUUAAUCCUAUCCUGGUGUAUACCUUAGAAUGUAUAUAAAUGGGGCUUUAACAUUUUUGAGGUGCUUUACCUCCCUGCUUACAGUGGUGUAAAGACAAAUCAAGGCAGAACAGAAAAGCCUUGUCUCAGACUGCUAAAGUAUGAGCUUAACCACAGCAACGUUGUCUCCAAAUUCACCCUCCAAUACUGGUCCCUUAGGGCAUUUGGAGUCCGGUGCUUUGUGGACUGAGUGGGUGAAAUCUUGGCUCAAUGAUGUAACAAACUAUGAAGGCUUGAGGGGUGAGAGGGGGAACGGACAAGAUUUUACCUUGGCAAAAGAUCCCAGGGCAGUGGUGAAAGCACUGGUUUGGUUCAGUUGAAAUUCUGCCGGUUUCCCAACAAACGGCCAAAUCAUACACUUGCUGUAGUAAAAGUUCACACUCCAACUGACUCCGAGGGAAAGAAUGUUGUGUCUGUAACACUGGAUGGGAAAUUGGUUCCCAUUGUAAUGUCGUGUGUGUCCUUUUUAACAAUUCCCUUAUAUUUAGGUUACUGUCAAUGGAGCCAUUCAUCUGUGUUGAGGAAUCACAUCAUUUGCUAGAUUGUAAUUGCACUAAUUUAAAAAAAAUCCAUUUCAAAACUAUAAAAUCUUAUUAGAUAUUUAACAGUGUUGAUACAGCUGCAAAAAUACACAGUAAAACAUGCAGUAGCUGGCUGGUCCUACUCAUAGUGACAGUUUUUCUAUUGUUUGGACUAAUUUAAACGUUUUCAUAUCAGUCUGUGAAAUAAAGCUGGGGGUUUUUCACACAUUUUUCUGUCUCUUGGGUAAAUGAAACAAAAAUUUGAGAAUAAGCAGAAGCUAUUGGACCGCAGAAUCUGCACCUCUCAUGUUCUGUGAGCAGUGAGUAACUCAGGUUGAUAAGAUGUGGCUUUCAAAAAAACUCACGUUUGGCCUUACUUUGCUCCUGCCAAACAAAAUGCCAUCCCUACAGCGCACAUAAUGCCAGACAGAUUUGCUUUAAAAAAAAAUAAAUCAAAUUGCAAAUGCAUUAGUUUAAAGAUAUAUCUUAAUCAAUCUCAAAAGUCAGCUCAAGACCGGUUCAAUAUAUUUAUUCUU